GUAGUGGAUCUAGAGACUGGUCUCUCAACAGAUGUGGUGUUCACUAAGCUGGGCAUAGACCUUGGUUCUGGUCCAUGGCCACCAGGCAUUUACCCCUCAAUACCUGUGUAGCCUUGUUGGGGGCCAUCGACCUCAUGGAAGGGAGGAUUACCUGGACAGACCUGUGCCUUCUAGAGCUUCUUGAUGUAUGGCUCAGUGUGACCGUCUGUACCCCUCUGUCCACCCCUUUUACAAGACCAUAUUAAAUAUUGUACAAAGCAUACUGUGAUUUGCUGAUCAUUGUCCUGAUAAAAUGUGUGGCAACAUUGUAUGUAAAGAUAAGAUUCCACUGUAUAAUAUUACCAACACAUUUUCCAACAUGUUCUGGAAGGCAGUCACAAACAAGUUCCACGGAGACAAAAGGCUAGCCAAUGCCUCAGCCAGGUGUCAACAAGUUCAAAUGGACCAAUGCCUGAGUAAGUGGCCACUCUUCGGCAAGAGAGAGGGUGGGGGCAAAAAAAAAGCUACAUUUUGACAAAGAAGCAACUUAAGGUUCCUGGCCCCACAGACUUCCUGAACAUCAGCUGGAGAUGAUUCUUGUGCAAGAGAAAGGGCUAUACGAGGAGAGGACAGAUGUCCCAGAUAGUCUCUGCCUUGCUCUCUACCCAUGGCAUUAUCAACACCUGAAGAAGAAAGGAAGCAGUGUUGCACUGGGGUAGUUGGGAGGUGGGGGGAGUGAUUGACUAAAAGAGGUUCAGCUAGUAAGACUGCUGGAACAUGUGGUGAGAGAGACCUUUGCUUUGAUUGACUUGACUUGUUAAAUUAGGUGUUAAUUGCAUUUUACCUUUUAUUUCUUGGUAACCAGUUCUGAAUUAUAUGCCUCAUUACUUGUAGUCACUUAAAAAUCUAUCUUUCUGUAGUUAAUAAAUUUGUUGUGUUUUAUCUAACCUUGUGUGUUUGGAUUGAAGUGUUUGGGCAAACAAGAUAAGAUUUGUGCAUAUCAUUUUCUAUUAAUAAAUGACGGAUUUUAUAUGAGCUUGUAUUGCCCAGGAGGGUACUGGGCAAUACAAGGUGCACAUGUCUGGGGGAAAGUCUGGGACUGGGAGUUCGCUGAUGUGGCCCUGUAUGUAAUUUGUGAGUGGCUGGCUAUAGUAUGCAUACAAUAUAGCUGGGAGUGAUUUACAUGCCGGAGGCUGUGUGGGAGCAGACCAGGAGUGGUGGUUUUCACAGCGAAGCAGGGUAAAAGGUACCCCAGGCUGGACAAUUGAGGAGACAGAGCUGUCCAUAAAUCCAGAUUGUAUACCCUGUGUAAUGUCACACUCAGUCACCCAGGCUGCUUCUGAGCAACAGCAAGCUUAGAUUUCCCUCCAACCUGAGGAUUUACCAGGGAUAUCCUAUCUCAUUCAGUUAAUGUAUUGGGUUCUACUGUCCUAGUUAUCCCCUGACAAAGCUGUGGUCCCUCCCAGUACAUUUCAGAUGAAUAACUUUGAUCUUCACCCAGACUUUUCCAUCCUGGAGAGGAUGAAAGGCAAACCCAACUCACCUUGGAGACUGUUGAGAUGGAUGUCUAAGCCCUGGUCUACACUAGGACUUUAGGUCGAAUUUAGCAGCGUUAAAUCGAUGUAAACCUGCACCGGCCCACACAAUGAAGCCCUUUAUUUCGACUUAAAGGGCUCUUAAAAUCGAUUUCCUUACUCCACCCCUGACAAGUGGAUUAGCGCUUAAAUCGACGUUGCCGGCUCGAAUUUGGGGUACUGUGGACACAAUUCGAUGGUAUUGGCCUCCGGGAGCUAUCCCAGAGUGCUCCAUUCUGACCGCUCUGGACAGCACUCUCAACUCAGAUGCACUGGCCAGGUAGACAGGAAAAGAACAGUGAACUUUUGAAUCUCAUUUCCUGUUUGGCCAACGUGGCAAGCUGCAGGUGACCAUGCAGAGCUCAUCAGCACAGGUGACCAUGGUGGAGUCCCAGAAUCGCAAAAGAGCUCCAGCAUGGACCGAACGGGAGGUACGGGAUCUGAUCGCUGUUUGGGGAGAGGAAUCCGUGCUAUCAGAACUCCGUUCCAGUUUUCGAAAUGCCAAAACCUUUGUGAAAAUCUCCCAGGGCAUGAAGGACAGAGGCCAUAACAGGGACCCGAAGCAGUGCCGCGUGAAACUGAAGGAGCUGAGGCAAGCCUACCAGAAAACCAGAGAGGCGAACAGCCGCUCUGGGUCAGAGCCCCAAACAUGCCGCUUCUAUGAUGAGCUGCAUGCCAUUUUAGGGGGUUCAGUCACCACUACCCCAGCCGUGUUGUUUGACUCCUUCAAUGGAGAUGGAGGCAAUACGGAAGUAGGUUUUGGGGACGAAGAAGAUGAUGAGGAGGAGGAGGUUGUAGAUAGCUCACAGCAAGCAAGCGGAGAAACCGGUUUUCCCGACAGCCAGGAACUGUUUCUCACCCUAGACCUGGAGCCAGUACCCCCCGAACCCACCCAAGGCUGCCUCCUGGACCCAGCAGGCGGAGAAGGGACCUCUGCUGCAUGUGUUUCAAUGAUCACAGGAUCUUCUCCUUCCCAGAGGCUAGUGAAGCUUAGAAAGAAAAAAAAAACGCACUCGCGAUGAAAUGUUCUCCGAGCUCAUGCUGUCCUCCCACACUGACAGAGCACAGACGAAUGCGUGGAGGCAAAUAAUGUCAGAGUGCAGGAAAGCACAAAAUGACCGGGAGGAGAGGUGGCGGGCUGAAGAGAGUAAGUGGCGGGCUGAAGACAGGGGUGAAGCUCAAAGGUGGCGGCAGCGUGAUGAGAGGAGGCAGGAUUCAAUGCUGAGGCUGCUGCAGGACCAAACCAGUAUGCUCCAGUGUAUGGUUGAGCUGCAGCAAAGGCAGCUGGAGCACAGACUGCCACUGCUGCCCCUCUGUAACCAACCGCCCUCCUCCCCAAGUUCCAUAGUCUCCACACCCAGACGCCCAAGAACGCGGUGGGGGGCCUCCGGCCAACCAGCCACUCCACCACAGAGGAUUGCCCAAAAAAAAGAAGGCUGUCAUUCAAUAAAUUUUAAAGUUGUAAACUUUUAAAGUGCUGUGCUUAAAGUGCUGUGUGGCAUUUUCCUUCCCUCCUCCACCACCCCUCCUGGGAUACCUU